AUGGAUUUCAUCAAGACCAGUUCCCUGCGUGCUCUGAUUGAGUUAACUUUCCAACGCAAUUGGAAUGGCAUCAUUUGGAUGAGUAGAAAAGGAGUAUACAAAAGAGUGAAGACUGUCCAGACGGCUUAUCGAGAAUCAGCCGCGCACACCGGCCCGAGGAACGAACGUACUGUGCUCCCCGCAUGUAUCCGCAUCUCGGCCAAGUCCACGCCGGCCUCACGUCCCGACCCGGGAAAGCAACGUCCCGCGGUCGGCCGCUCCAGCUCACACCACAAGCCGCGCACGACCGCCGCGCGAACCGGAAGGCAACGCCUCGCGGCCGCGCAACCCAUGUACCGCGGCCGACCCAUCCGUCCGACCGGGAAGCACGUCCCGUCCGGCCAAGUUUCAUCGGCCAAAUCAUCCGUCCGACCACGCGGCCGACCGAACUAUCCGGCCACGACGUCCCGACCGUCCGAUGGCCGACACGAUCCGAUGUCCGGCCGAUCGUCCCGACGACCGUCCCAACGGUCCGGUCGACCCGAAGCCCGUUUCACACGUUUUCAAGCCCGGCUUAACCCUAAGCCGCCUCUGAAGACCUAG